CCUAGUUUAGCUUUUAUCAAGAAAUCAAAACAAAACGCGAGCAACAAUUGUGUAUAAAAUAAACCUUUCUGCAUCCGCAUUGUUAUUCAGAACUUAAAAAUGCCAGACUCACCAGUCACCAAUUGUGAGCAGGCUCUGAUCCAGCUGAAGAACUUUGGGUACGCCUUUGACGAAGCCGGAAUCCUGCGCAAAAUCGAUCCCGCCACUGGAGAGCCGGGCACGGAACAAUUUUCCUAUAACGUCAGCGACGACGGCAACGAAAACGAGAAGCACUACCAGAACCUGGCCAACCAAAUCCCGGAAAUUGUCUACGCUCUGCUGGAGAAAAACGGUCUCAGUCGCACCUAUAUUCCACUUCACAAGGAUCCACAGCGAUCGUCCUUUAUAUAUUCCCAACCAGCAAAGCUGUCGCAGUCCAAGAAGUUGCUUGUCCUCAUUCAUGGCAGUGGACUUGUUAAGGCCGGACAAUGGGCCAGAAGUUUAAUCAUUAACAACUCGCUGGACCACGGCUCUCAGCUGCCUUAUGUGCGACAAGCCCAGAAGCUGGGAUACGAUUUGCUUAUCACCAAUACCAAUGAUUGUAGCCGAUUCUACAAUGGAAAGGAAAAUAUUAUCGAGGGCGUUGAAACUCCUCUAAAGCAUACCAAGUAUGUGUGGAAAAAUAUCGUGUUGCCUUCGAAACCGGAGAGUGUGGCCAUUGUGGCCCACAGCUAUGGUGGAUGUCUAACAUUAGAUCUAGUGGAACAUUUUUUGGAUUUUUUCAAAGAAUCUGUUUUUGCGAUUGCCUUCACCGAUUCGGUUAUGGGUAGUCCCCAGUCGAAGUACAGGGACUACCUGUGUAAUGUGACCUGCGAUUGGGUCGCCAGCAAUACACCUUUAGACACACCCAUCUCGCAGUCAAAGAACAGCAUUCGAAGGGUCUCUGCUGGCCACACCAAACAUGAGUGGACCUCUUACUCGGCCAUAGAUUCCAUAUUCAAGUUUAUUGAGGAAAAGUAUGAGCAGCGCACGAAUAAGAAAUGACAGCUCUACAUCUACUUUCUUAAGAAUUUUUGUACUUCCCAUGUAUAGAAUAUAUCUUGGAGAUGUGAAUAUAAAUUAUAUUUUUACCGCCUGCACGCA